AUGGAAGAUUAACUAAAAGAAAUAGACAUCCUCAUCAAAAAACAAAACUUUUAAAAGGGCAUCGAAAAACUUACACAACUCUAAACCUAACUCAAUGACAAAAAUAUUAACCCAGAAGAAAUUCUAGAGGAUGACUUAGUAAAGCAUAAUUAAGAUUAGAUUUUAUAAAGCAAGAUAUUUGAGAGAUUCGCUACUAUUUUCAUUGAUAUUAAUUAAGUUUACUAAGCAAUGUAAUAUUUGAUAAAAAUGAUUAAAAUUGACAAAGACAUAUGUAAGGCAUCCAAUAAUAAAAAUCACAUUCUGAGACUCUGUAAUUCCUAUGCCAAAAUGGGAAAAUGUUGUUUCUAUUGCUGCUACUAUGAACAGACUUUCAAAUUUUUGGAUUAUGCUCGACAAUUGCUCAUCUCACAUAAUCUCACCAACACCGAAGUUUAUGCCUUGACUCUAACAUAGUUGGGAAAUUAUUAUAGAUUCAUGUUCCAAGAUGAUCUGGCUGAAUAAAUGUUACUUGAAAGCAUCAAAAUAAGAGAAGACCUAUAUUCAAGUAAUUCAAUAGAAGUGGCUGAUUCAUUACAUUUACUAGCUUAGUUGUUCUCAGACGAGGGGUAAAUUGAAAAUGCCAUGACCUUCAUUGAUUAAGCCAUCACUAUAUGGAUUAAUGAGUUAGGUUAUGAGAAUAUUAAAACAGCCAAAUCUAUUUAUCUGAAAGGAAAUUUGUACCUUAGAAUGAAAAGUACUCCAGAAAACUUAGAAAAAGCAGAAAAAUUAAUUAUGCAAAGUUUGGAAAUAGACAUUAAAAUUAUGGGCAAUUCCUCAUAAGAUAUUGCGGAUUGUUAUCAUUCUUUAGGAAAGAUUAAGGCCAUUAACAAGAGUUCCAAUGAAUUUGAAGGGUAUUUUAUUAAAUCAUAGCAAAUUUUAUAAGAUUUGUAUGGUUAGAGUCAUGCAAGCAUUGCAAUAAUAUUAAAUAAUUUGGGAAGUUCAUAUUAUGAGAGAAAAUAGUAUGAAGAGGCUGUUAAUUGUUUUUAAGAAUCUAUCAAAAUUUAUACCUAAAUUUGUGGAGAAAUGCACGGCAAUUUAGCCAUUACUUUAAGAAACUGUGCUGAUUGCCAUAAGGAAUUAGGUCGUUUCAAAUAAGCGUACAAUGAUUAUUCAAAAUCAUUGGACAUCUACAAAGUAUAUUGUAAUAAUUUGAUUUAGAAAAUGGAAAUCAAUCAACAACAGGUUACUUCAAUCUAAAAUUAGAUGAUCUAAAUCUAGGAGAAAUUUUUGGAAGAUUGA